AUGACAGAAUCAUUAGUACUUCGGACCAAAUAUAAAGCAGCAAUUCUUCUGGUUUUUUACUCUAUUGGUCAUGAUAUAGUCAUAUUGCACUGUUUCGAUGCCGACUCAGAUCUCUAUAAUCGCAUCAAGUAUCGUCUUCAAACCACUACCCCAAUGAUCCCAUUCCGGGUUUCUUCCGCGGGAAUUGUUCAGUUAUCAGGUUCAUUAGAUUACGAUAUAGAACGUUCAUACGUAUUUCAAGUCCUUGUCGGUGACAAUGGUUUGAAGCAGACAACUGUUGUUUUAAACAUACAAGUUACUGAAAACGAAGCCAAUUCGCCGAUAUUUGUAAGCAAUUUCAGUACAUCUAUUAUGGAAGAUGCACCGAUAGGGUAUUUCGUCGUUGAUAUCACAGCUACAAGUAAACAGCACCAAGCUAUUAAAGCUGGGAAACUAAUUUACUCAAUUCAUUCAGGAAACGAUGCCAAAUUAUUCAGAAUCAACUCACAUACUGGAUGCGUAACAUUAGAUGGAAACUUGGAUAGAGAGAAGCAAGCUUCAUACGUAUUGCUAAUCAAAGCAGUUGAAAAGAGCAAGAUACAGAACAGUGCAAUGGCCGCCCUAACUAUAGUUGUUGCAGAUGUCAACGACAAUGCCCCUUCAUGUCAACCAUCGGCAUUUAGCUUAACUUUGACCGAGGACCAAAAGCUCAAUACCCCUCUUCAAGCAUUUUUUUGUGAGGACCUUGAUGAGAAGGGUAACCUUAGUUUGACUUAUUCAGUAACAUCGAGCGAGCCAAAUGUUUUCGAUAUGAAACGACAAAUCCUAGUACUGAAAUCCGAUUUUGAUUUGGCCAAAAAUCCACACGGAUACCAUUUGUACGUUACGGUGAGUGAUUCUGUGCACGAACUGAAGAUAACAGGAUAUGUUAAAGUGACGGCUGUUAACAAAUUCCCGCCUGUUUUCGCCCAGAAUCAUUACACUGUACGAUUCCCUGAAGGGACCAGCAUUGGGCAUCAGCUAAUCAAAAUCAGCGCAACGGAUAGGGACCAUCCGAAUAUAGGGAACGAUAUAAUCAAGUACUCCAUUGUGAAAUCAGGGGAUAAGUUACCUUUUCACAUUGACAAACAGUCGGGCACUAUUUUUGUGGAUUCAGUCUUGGAUAGAGAAAACAUUGAGAAAUAUAAUUUUCAAGUGGAAGCCGUAGACGAGUCUCUUAGGACAGUUUGUGACAUAACAGUAAUUGUGACAGAUAUUAACGACAAUCCGCCAUAUUUUAACCCAGCAUCAUACAGUGCCACAGUUUCCGAAGUUGAUUCUUUGGGUACCAAAGUCGUAGAUGUACGUGCUUAUGACAACGACACCGGAUCGAAUGCUAUCAUAACCUAUUCAAUUGUAGGUAUGUGUAAAUCUUUUUCUUUUCUUUUUUCCUUUUCUUAUUUACGGCUAAGUUAUUGUUGUAUUCAUUAUAUACUCACAACAGAAGCUACGGACUUGUUCGGUGGAGAUGGUGCUUUGUCUAGCACCGCUGUAGUUAUUGUUCAAAUUAGACCCGUGAACGAAUUUCCACCCGUUUUUCAAAACCAGGCGUACUCUGUGGUUGUACAAGAAACGGUAACUAUUGGAAGCAUUUUACUUCAGGUAUCAGCAACUGAUGAAGAUAAAGGUAAUGAUGGACAGCUUAUUUAUACCAUGCCCAGCCACCAGUUAUUUAGUUUAGAAAGAACAACUGGACAACUAAAAUUAAAACAUAGUUUAGAUUUUGAAAAAACUCCACAGUUUAUUUUGAAUGUUACAGCAAUUGACAAAGGAACGGUAGCGAAAUCUGCAACAACAAAAGUGGUUAUUAACGUAGAAAAUGUAAAUGAAGAAGGGCCGAAGUGUUUGGAAAAUUUUAUAUCUGUGAGUGUUCCGGAAAACCAACAGAUUGGUUCAUCGUUUGUUUCUCUGUCUUGUAAUGAUAGCGACUCAGGUAGGUUUGGUGAGAUUUCUUUUUCCAUCAUGAGUGUCAAUGGGGUUAUGAAUAACGGACCGUUUGCUGUUGAUAAUAGCGGAAAUUUGAAAUUAAUCACUUCCCUAGAUUUUGAAAAAUCUGAAAAAAUACUCAUACAUAUAGCAGUUCAAGAUGGCGGCAUCCCACCGAAAGAUACAAUAAUCAUAAUCAGUGUACAGAUAAUCGAUAUCAAUGAAGCUGCACCGGUUUUUGAGGAUUUCAAUACGACUAUAACAAUACCUGAGUCGGUAUCCAUUGGUACGGUUAUUAGUAGGAUUUCUGCCAGUGAUGUGGACAUUAAAGAUUGCAUUACUUAUCACUUAACACAAACGAGCGAGAAAUUUCAACUUGAUUCGAUUACUGGCGACUUGGAAGUAAAAUCAAAUCUAGACUUUGAAACCAAGAACAUUUAUUUACUUCCUUUAAAAGCUGUAGACAGUGGUCAGAACCCCAAGCCUCGUACAUCAGAAAUUACUCUAACAGUAAUACUCACAGAUAUUAAUGAUUCGCCACCGGUGUUUUCACAAAAUCUCUACACUAAAACUAUCAGAGAGGAUACCCCCAUUGACAGUGUUUUAGUCACUUUAACAGUUUCCGACAACGAUUCAAGUGAAAAUGCUAUCGCAAAUUUUACUGUGAUCGGUGACACAAAAAACUUUUUCCGUGCUUCCAGAGAUAGCUCAGGCAAUUGCAACAUAAUACUGACGUCGUUGGAAGGAGCUGACUACGAACAAAAUACGUCACGAGUGUUUAAAGUAAAAGCCACAGACACUGGAGGUCUGUCGUCUGAGACAACUGUAAUAUUUCAAAUUCAGCCAUUAAAUGAACAUGCUCCGGUUAUUCUCAAUCGCGCCCGGACGUUAACUGUCGACGAGAAUUGCACUGCUGGUAGCCAGUUAACAGUUGUGAACGCCAUAGAUCCAGAUAAAGGCAAAGAUGGCCAAAUACAUUACAGAUUGGUAAAAGACUUUGCGAAAUUCACCAUUGCUAGUAAGUCUGGAGAAAUAAUUAUUCAAAACGAACUGGAUAGAGAAGAGAGAGAAUUUUAUCAAUUGGAAGUUAUCGCUAUUGAUGAAGGCCAAGAUCCGUCGGCUUUCAGUACAACGCUGACCUUAAGCAUUCAUGUCAAUGACGUGAAUGAUAACAGGCCUUCGUGUCAGCAGGAACAUUAUUUCGUUCAAAUUCGAGAGGAUGAACCAGUAGGAACGGAAGUGCUUCAUUUAGUGUGCUCUGAUAAUGAUAAAGACCCAGCUAAGAAGAACAAUGUCUUAACGUAUGCAAUUACCAGCGGAAACGAAAGAAUGGCGUUUUCAAUGAAUUCCAGUAGCGGUUUGCUGAGUACUGUUACCUCCCUUGAUCGAGAAUCCGUGUCAUCUUAUGAGCUGUCCAUUCAAGUGUCUGACAAGGGUUCGUCACCAUUGUCAGUAGAUUUGGUUUUACAAAUUAGAAUCGAAGGUUCUAUUUUCUAUAGUAUAUUAUCCGGAAAUAUUAAAAACCAAUUCAUGCUUGAUUCUGUGAGCGGCGAAUUGCGACUUCUGAUAGGUUUGGACCGAGAAGAUAUAUCAUCAUACGACUUAUUAAUACAAGCCUCCGAUAAAGGUUUCCCGCCUUUGAAGACUCUCUGUCACGUGACCUUUACUGUCCUUGAUAUCAACGACAAUGCACCCAUUUGUACUUCCUCGUAUAUUAAGGUAAUUUUGGCCGAAAACAAGCCUCUGGCUUCUGUUGUUACCAAUGUUGAAUGCAACGAUGAAGACAGUGGGUCGAAUGCUAUUGUUUCUUACAAAAUCAUCUCUGGCAACCACGAAAACUCAUUUGCCAUUGAUGGCCAAACGGGAAUGAUAACAGUGAAAAAGAAUUUAGAUGCCGAAAGAAAUCAAUCUCUUUUACUCGGAAUUGAAGCUUCCGAUGGGUUUUAUAAAUCGGAAGUCAGAGUAGACAUUUCUAUCUCCGAUAUCAAUGAGACUCCACCACAGUUCCAGCCACCAGGCCCUUACAAGGUAUCGAUAUCAGAAGACAGUGCAAUAGGAUCAACAGUUUUCCAAGUGACCGCUAUAGAUGAGGAUGUGACAUCGACUUCCGUCUUAUAUUCCCUGUCGACAACCCAAAAUUCAGUGUUCAUCAUCGACCGAAAGACUGGUAUUAUACAACUAAACAGCCGACUUGACAGAGACACAAAAUCUCUGUACAUACUUCAGGUGGAAGCCAGCGAUAAUAGUCCGCGUCAACCGCUCUCUCAAACAGUUGAUGUCAGUGUGGUUGUUACCGAUGUGAAUGACAACUAUCCCCAAUGUUUCCCUCCAUUUUUGUUUUCACUCCUGGAAACUACACCGUUUCCGUUGGAUAUAAGUCAACUUAACUGUCAAGAUAAAGAUCCCUCGUCACCGGAACUAUCUUACAGAAUAGAAAAUGCAAACGAGGCAGAAAUGUUUCGCAUUGAUGAAAAAACAGGGUUGGUGCAGCUUGUAAAAGCUCUUGACUACGAAAGAGCCAAAAUACAUAUACUGAGAGUCAAUGUCAGCGAUAAUGGCGUACCCAGGCUUUUGACGAAAGUCUUGAUAACAAUAGAAGUCCGUCCUGUUAACGACAACGCUCCAACUUUCUCACCGUUUUUCGUGCGAAGGGUAAGUGUCGAAGAAAAUGUGCCUCUUGGAAUUAGUUUGCUAAAAGUUAACGUUAAAGACGCUGAUGUCGGAGAGGAUCACGGUCUUGUGAGCCUGUCGAUCGAAGCAGGAGAUCAAUAUGGAAACUUCUAUAUUGAUUCUAAAUCAGGCUCGCUGUCUCUGAUCAGGUAUUUAGACCGGGAGACGAAAGCCAUAUUCAACUUGACAAUUAUCGCCAGAGACUGUAUUCAUGACAUUGGAGUUCCAUUGACGUCAACAACGACUUUGAUCGUUUCUGUUAUGGAUGUUAAUGAUAAUUAUCCGCAAUUUAGCCAAAACAGUUUCCUUUUAAAAGUAAAUGAAAAUGCCAAACCCGGCAGUAAACUUCUGACGUUUCAAGUUCAAGAUGAAGAUACUGGCCUAAGAGGAAAAACUACUCUAGCUAUCGUAGAAGGUAAUGAGAAAAAUAUAUUUUCUAUAAUCAACUCCCAUCUUCUGCUCCACAGAAACCUCGAUUAUGAAACAAAACCGUUUUUUCGGUUGAAAAUAAAAGCUAGUGAUAGAGGCAGCGAACCGUUAUCUUCCUUUUGUCACGUUAAUAUCGAAGUGAUACCCCGAAAUGAAUUCUCACCAGCGUUUUUAGAAAAGAACUCGAGUUUGGUGUUGAGGGAAACCGUUCCGGUUGGAACGAUUGUCUGUAAGGUCAAUGUAAGUGAUAAAGACGGGAGUUUAAACGGUGUUUUGAAUUUUUCUAUCAUUUCUUCUACGCCAUUAAACGCACCUAUAUCUGCGUUCGAACUAGACCAAAAGUCUGGUGAAAUUAGUCUUGUGUCUAAACUGGACUUUGAAACAAUGCCUGACAUAUUCAACCUUGUCGUGAAAGCCACUGAUCAAGCAGAGUCUGAUGAUACUCCGUUCUCCAGCACCUUAAUACUCUCAGUAACAAUUUUGAAUGAAAAUGAUAACCCACCGAUAUUCACUCAAAAUUCUUUUAGUUUCGAAGUUAGAGAGAAUAGUCCACUUGGUAUCUACAUUGACCAAAUCACAGCUCGAGACAUGGACUCUGGAUCGUUUGGAAAAAUCAACUACACUAUUGUAGACAAUACACAUGACUUCGGAAUAGAUCCUCUGGAUGGAAAGCUUUACCUGAAUUCAACUUUAGAUUACGAACAGAAACAAUUGUAUUUUUUAACAGUGGAGGUUCGAGACGAAGGAUUCCCGUCACUGAGUGCUACAUGUUUAGUCAAAAUAGCAGUGAUAGACGUCAAUGAUAAUGCACCUGCGUUUCCUCUAAGUGAACAGUCUGUGACAGUUAUUGAAGAUGUUGCACAAGACACAGUCAUAUUCAAAUUACAUUCAAGCGAUGCCGAUUCCUUUAAAUCUGGUAACAACCAAGUACAAUACAAGUUAUUUGAAAGCUUUCCUUCGAGAAAUUACUUCUCUAUAGAUGCGUUCAGCGGAGAGAUACACAUAAAGCAACGACUGGACCGAGAAACCAUACCACGACACAAACUGAUAAUUUUGGCCGUCGACCAAGGUUCACCACAGUUAAGCGGGACAACCACUUUAACUGUAAUUGUAGAAGAUGUCAAUGAUAAUUCUCCUGUCAUUAAAGGUGAUUAUAAACGAAGAAUACCUGAAGAUACGUUACCAGGUUCGUUGGCGUUCAAGAUUUCGGCUUUUGAUGCAGACAUCGGGAUCAACGCAGCAUUGUCUUUUGAAAUAGUUGAUGGUAACACAAAUUCUGAUUUCGAAAUUGACAAAUCUUCCGGGUAUUUGUUUGUAAAUAAUACUUUAGACAGGGAACAGCGUAGCACGUACAGGCUGCGAAUAAGUGUUACAGACCAAGGCCUUGAAGUACAAAGACAGGGUUUCAACACGGUCGAAAUUAUCGUAACUGACAUCAACGACAACACUCCGGUCUUUCUAAACAACAGUUAUACGUUUACUAUAUCCGAGAAUCUACCGAAAAUGACUCCAGUCGGUAAAAUAGAUGCGGUAGAUGCUGACGAGGGAUCAAACGCUGCCUUGAAAUUCAGAAUUUUCUACAUGCUUCAAGGCCCUGGUGACUUCGUAAUGGAUUCUGGAAGUGGAAUUAUAUCUACGAAGAAGGAACUUGACCGGGAAUUAGUGCCGAUUUAUAGGUUAUGGUGUGAAGUUUCUGACAGUGGUACUCCUUCAUUAUCAGCCUUUACUGAAGUAAGAAUCGUGGUUUUGGAUGAAAACGAUAACGAACCGAUCUUCGACAAGACCUCAUAUUCAGUAAGAAUACUGGAGAAUACACCAGUUGGAAGUACAGCAAUGGAGUUGAAUAUCAUUGAUUUAGAUAUCAAUAAAGCCGGCAAAAUUACACUUCAUUUCUCAUUAAAUAGCAAUGACCUCGAUGCUGCUAAAUACUAUUUUGAGAUCGUGUAUCAACCCCCGAGACUCGUUUUACGGAGAUCCAUUGAUCGCGAAAAGUUAGAUAAUUUCGAUUUUAUACUAACUGCCCAAGAUGGCGGCGUACCUUCACUGUCAAGCGAGGCUUCCGUCAGCGUACAUAUUGAUGACGUAAAUGACAAUCGACCGCAUUUUUCGCCGGUGUUUUUCAACCAAGAAGCAUCGCGUGAUAUUUCGUGUGAAAAGGUUUUGACUCGGGUAUCUGCAGUUGACCAGGACCUAGGAGACAACGGUCGAAUCUCUUAUUAUUUUGUUCAAAAUAAAUACAACUACGUAUUCGAAAUCAACGACGUUUCAGGAGAAAUAAAGAUGCAGAUGAAGGGCUGGAAGAACAAAUAUAUCAUGAUUAUCAAGGCUAAAGAUUGGGGCAUUCCGCAGCUUGUAUCUGACAACAGUGCCACAUUACGACUCGAUACUUUCAAUCCGUCAGAGGCUUUAGUGUCAAUAUAUCUUGACAUCAGUCUCGAUGAUUUCAACCUAAAGAAGAAGCUGUUCACGAAUCUGCUAACAAGCCUAAUUCAAGUUGUGUACCCAACGGGAAAGUUUAAGAUUUGGUGUGUCCAGGAGAUUGAGCCAGUUACUGGACAAGCUAUCACGGCAAAAAGAAGACUUACUGCGGAUGAAAGGUAA